AUGAGUGGAGAAGAAUUAGCCGGGGCCCCCAGCACCAAAGCUCCUUCGUCUGCUUUAUUUUUUAUUUGCACUGUUGGAAUCAACAAAUGGCGUGAGAUUCAGCGCAAGUCCAUUUUACAACAACAGCAGCAGCAGCAGCAGCAACAACUCCCUGAAAAUGCCGCAAAUGCCCUUGAGUGA